UUAGCGUUUCAAGAAGAAACGCUUCACAACAGUAAACAACAAGCGCAGUCGAUCGUGUGGUUGAUGCCGCUGAUCCAGCGCACAUGUAACCGGCUUUUAAUUCAAUUCUGGCAAAGAUUCGUGGAAAAUAGAAUCAGCUAACCGUCCGACGGGAUAAACACGCCCAAGUGCCAACAGGAAAAGUACAGUGAUAGUUAGCGGCCUUUCAAUUUACAGCCACCAAAAACAUGUCCAUACCAACGAUGGAUGAUGACGAUGCUACCAUUGGCGAUGAAGAUAUGUUUGCGACCGGUGGUGCUUCGCAACUGAGCAUGUUUAACAGUGAGAUUCUGCAAACACACAUUAUGCAGUUCGUGGAUGAGGUGAACGACGAUAACAUUGCACUGACCGCCCUCUCACAGGACACCCUGCCCGACAUAAAGCUAUCCCUGCAAAGCGCACUCAAUCCAGCCGGCAAAUAUCCCUGCGCGGACGAAUUCUGUCACGAGGACGUAUCGUGUACGGUGCUGCCAUCCAGCAAACAGGGCAGCGGCUUCAUUUACUCACAGCACCUCCAGAAAAUGUACCUUAAAACCGAUAGCAUCUGCUCGUUUGACGUAAAGUGUGAGCUGCUGGGCAAUGCGAAUUUGGCGCGCAAAUGGUACGUGCGCGUAAUGCUGGUAUCGCUCGCACCGGAAUCACAGCACGAACCGAUCGUGCGCUGCCACAACCAUCUAGCCAAAGACAAUGGACCGGAACGCAUCAAGAAGUACGUGGUGCGGUGCAAGAACGUUCAGCACGAGUAUGUGGGGGACGCGAACGGGCCAUACUUCGAGGACCGCUGUGCGGUCCUGGUGCCACUCGAUCCGGACGAGCUGUCCGUUAAGAUAAUGCUGCAGUUUGUGUGUCAAAACACGUGCUUUAACGUAAACCAACGGCGUACCGCGUUGGUAUUUACGCUGGAAAAUGAGGAAGGGCUUGUCUGGGCUAGGCGCAUGGUGCAGGUUAAGGUAUGCAUCAACUAUCGGCGGGAUAUGCAGAACGAGGAGAAUGCGGCCAGAAACAGUUCCACGCAUCUGGCGUGCGUUGCUGGCCCGAGCGGUAGUACGAGCAAUGGGUUGGUGACGGCAAGGCGGCGGAAUAAAGCCGGCUUUACGCGCAAACGACGGCAACCCGGUGUAAAGGCGGCUGGGACCGGAAGUAGUCCAAAGGUCGUGCGUACAGCUUCAUUCCACUCAGCGCCCAGCUUUGAACCGUGCCUGGUUGAAUUUGAAAUGCCCAACCUGCGCAUGGCCAAGCGCGUGAUGGACAAUGCGAUCGGUAUGCUGUCGACGCAGGUUUUGCGCGUCCAGGGUGACCGAGAGACGACGGACAAGCUGAUGGAGUACAUCAACAACAUUCGAACGAAACGUGAUAUGCUGACAGCGUACAACAGCCAGUGUAGCGUAGACAGUGACCUGCUUAACAUUUAACUCGGUCGAAAGGAAAAGCGUGUUCCUUUGCGUUUCUGAGACUAUUUUUAACCUUACAGUUGACAUAUUUUACAGUUAAACGGUAAUAUUAUUAAGGGUUUUUUUUUAAACAGUA